UUGAAAUAGCAACAUCCGUAUAAAAAAGUUAUACACAAACAACAUGGUGGAUCAGCUGUUUUCAUUUUUCUUCAUCAGUAAACUGUUUCUAUAAACGAAGCAUUGUAUGGUCACAUAGCCAUGUGUGAAUUAAAAUGGGCUCCAUCGCAUCGGUGCUGCAAUGGCAUUGUCAGGCGUGUGGUCAGAUCAACCCAACGGAGAGUGUAAAAUGUUUAAAAUGUGGUACAAAGAGAAUUUCGAGUCAUGACAGUGGAUCACAAAAACGCUAUUUUACCGGAGAUUCAUCAUCAGAAUACGCUUCUCGCACGGAAAAAAGUGGAGGCACUACCCCUGGCUCGGAAACUAUCGUUAUACCGACAACAAAUAAUUUCAAUAGCGGAUGGUCGUGCGUGGGAUCGGCGCCGCUGGCUCGGCGCGCAUGGCGCUGUGGCUGUGGCCUCCGCAACGUGUCCGCUGCGUGGCGCUGCACUGCCUGCGAUGCUCUCGCUCCACAUGCACCUGUAUACAGACUGUCUGAUGAUGAAGAGCAAGCUUCAGGGAUGACGGACAAGGAUAAAUCAGCUCAAGAUAACACUAUGAUAAGGUCCAAUACCCUAGCUGUCCCUUCAUACAAACCUUCAUCCAGUUAUGCGGAUGGUCGUCGUCUUAAUCUAGAUAUACAGUCACUGCGUUUAUCACCCACCCAGCUCACAGACCAGGCACAUGGGGUUACCAGGUCCCUGUCCCACGGUUCUGUGAUCAAUUCCCAACAGAAGUGGUGGAAUGUCGAAGAGACCAGAGGCACCAUCAAUAGACCAACAAGUCUCAUGGUCUCGGAGAGAUAUGGUUUCAAUACCACCCAGUGUAACCCUCGAGAAUCAUUCCUAAGGAGUUUACAUUCAGUGACUAGAAAACCUAAGAAAUGCAACGAAAGCAAAUCUAAUUGGGAAUUGAAUUAUGUAAAGGAAUAUCAAAGAGAACAGAGUAAAGCUUUGUAUUUGAAGAAAUGGGCUUGCAGUAAAUGUACCCUAGAAAAUUCUGGUAUAAGAACCCAUUGCGAAGCUUGCCUUUCUCCUAGAAUAUCGCCUUUGUCAAGAAUCUCGAAUACGAGAGGUCUGAGUGUGACUACUUUAGGUAGACACGAGACUGCUAGCGGUAGAGAUGGGGCUACGUCUCUUCCUACUUCGGGCGGUGUCAUGAUCACUGUACCAGAUUGGCCUCAAACUGGUAGUUCUAUAGGAGAGUCGUUCCGAAGAUCGAUUUCUGCUCAGAACUCACCAGAAAUAAGACCAACAUACCGACGAUCUUUCUCUGAACACACAGAGAAUAGACCGGUCGGUAAAGUUAUUUCUAGCAGAAGAAGUUUGAGUGAUUAUCAUAAAUCGUUAGAAUAUGCUAAUGUUAAAGAGACUGAAAAGAAGAUAGAAGAAGGAAAUACAGAGUUGAUUGAUAAAGAAUGUAGUUGGGAUACUAAUGCUGAAGGUGUAAUCUAUGCUUUACCUAAUAAAGGGAAAUAUAAAGAUUUAAAUUUGCAACUGCAAGUUAAUAAUAACGGUACUAAAUAUUCUUACGUGUCCGUUCAGGAUACAAAAACGGUGAUGAGUAAUUCACAGAAUGAAGCUUUGUAUUCUAAUGAUAUAAAUGAUGGUGAUUAUGCAAGGAUUGAUGAAUUAUUGGGUACAGAGAACUGUAUAUCACCUGCUAGUGAUGCUCAGAACAAUAUCAGGAGUUCCCACGUGAAGGAACCGGGUACUAAAGUGUAUAAUAUGUUGCCAUCUAUCGGGAAGGUGUCACAUCCGAGGGAUACUAAAGUGACUUCUACACAACCUGUUGGUCGCAUGUGGCAGUGCAGUGAGUGCUGGUUUGCGUACAACGUGUGGGGUGCGCGGUGCGACGUGUGCCGCAGCGCACGCCCACCCCACGCCGUCACCAUCGCACCCCACGCGCACCCCACGCCCGCCCCACACACCCCGCACACCACGCACCCCGCGCACCCCGCACACCCCACAGACAGGGAACAUGCCAGUCCGCGGCCAUCCGAGGCCAUCGCGGCUAAGCAAGAGACGAGCCGAUCAGAGCCGGUCAAGAAGCUGCAGGUGCCGAUCGCUUCCUUAGACCAUGACCUCAACAGUGACGAACUGCUUUUUGCUGUCGUGUCUAGUACGGAAGGUGGUGGCGGCGCAGGCGCAGGCGCGGCGGCGGGGGCGUGGUCUUGCGCUCGUUGUACUCUCGUCAACGAGCCCACGGCGACAGCCUGCGCCGCCUGCGCAGGUUCCCGUCCACCACAACACACCUACUGGUCGUGCAGUUGCUGUACACUGCGCAACCCGCAGUCUGCAGCGCUGUGCCUGGCCUGCAAGACUCCGCCUGUACCUCGCCACGGCCUGCCCACUUCAGCCACGCCCACGCCCACGCCCACACCCACACCACAAGAUACCCACGCACAAAUCACUGGUCGGAGUCCGUCCCCAAGGCGCGGCAGCCGGCACACCCCCGCCCUCCCUCGCCGCGCCCACGCCCACAAGACACCGCCCCCUGAGAACAAGGCGGAGUCAGGUGAGUGGGCGUGUUCAGAAUGUACGUACGUGAACUGCGCGUCAACAGGCGCAUGUGACAUGUGUCAGUCUCCACGCAGCCGUCUGCUGCCCGCAGCUCCGGACCAGAUCUCACUGGACGACGAUGAUUCACCGGAUGGUUCUGAGGCGGAGCGACAAGAGAGUACGCCCAUGGAGAUAUUGCGGCUGCGAGAGGAGAGCCACGCCUGGACACAGUGGCAGGAGGUGCUCGCACAGUGCUCCGCUAGUGGGGAGCCGUACGUGGACGAGUCGUUCCCAGCGGCUGCGAGGUCGUUGUACUACGGCGGCAGUACCGGCGAGGGCGGGGCGGCGGCGCGCUGGCUCCGCCCGCACCAGAUACACGUGGACGCUGACCCACGUCUGCCCUGGGUCGUGUUCCGGGACCCCAGACCCUCUGAUAUCUCGCAAGGUGUUUUAGGUAACUGUUGGUUGCUCUCAGCUUUAGCCGUACUCGCUGAGAGGUCAGCUUUGGUACGCGGUGUUGUGGUACGAGGUGAACCAGCUCGCGGCGCGUACCAGCUUCGUUUAUGUAAAGAUGGCCGCUGGCUCACUGUAACUGUUGAUGAUCUGCUCCCGUGCAAUAAAAAAGGACAGCUCGUGUAUUCACAGGCUAAAAGAAAACAGCUUUGGGUGCCGCUGAUAGAAAAGGCGGUUGCUAAACUUCACGGCUGUUAUGAAGCGCUGGUCUCCGGCAGAGCUAUUGAAGGUCUGUGCACGCUGACGGGUGCUCCGUGCGAGUCUGUGUCGCUGCAGGCGGGGGGCGGGGCUGGCGGCGCUGGGGGCGGGGCUGCGGGCGGGGCUCCUCUGGAGCAGCUGGACAGAGACCUGGUGUGGGCGCAGCUGCUCUCCUCGCGUCAGGCUUGCUUCCUCAUGGGCGCCAGCUGCGGGGGUGGCAAUAUGAAGGUCGAUGAAGAGGAGUACCAGCGUCUUGGUCUACGUCCUAGACAUGCGUACUCCGUGCUGGAUGUGGUGGAGCUGUGUGGUGUCACUGGGGGCACUGGUGAGCCCCUACGUCUGCUGCGGCUACGCAACCCGUGGGGGCACUACACGUGGAGAGGGGCGUGGGCGCACGCGUGCCCCCGCUGGACGGACGCAUUACGUAGAGCUGUCGCACCUCAUACUGCUCCAGAUGAUAGAGAUCACGGCGUCUUCUGGAUAGGAUUUGAUGAUGUACUCAAGUAUUUUGACUGCAUCGAUAUCUGCAAAGUGCGGGUAGGAUGGCAUGAGACGCGGCUAGCUGGUAUCCUACCUCCGCUAUCCUCAACUCGUCACCUCACCUGUCUACUGCUGACAGCCACACAUCCUACAGAAGUCGACUUCACACUCUUCCAGGAAGGACAGAGGAAUUCAGCGAAGAGUCAGCGCUCGCAGCUGGAUCUGUGUGUGGUUGUGUUCCGCACCAAGUCUGGACCCAGCGCGCAGGUCGGCAAACUCGUCGCGCACAGCAAGAGACAGGUCCGUGGUUUCGUCGGCUGUCACAAGAUGUUGGAGAAGGGCUUCUACCUCGUAGUGUGCCUGGCCUUCAAUCACUGGCACACCGGUCUGGAGCUGGCGGACAGUUCUGGCUGGCCUCGUCAUGUGCUGGCUGUUCACUCCUCCAAGCCUCUGGCAGUGGAACGGCCAUCGCUGCAUCCUCAUAUAUUAGCUGAUGCUAUUAUAGGAUUGACCCUCGCAAGAGGACAACGCCAUGAAGGAAGGCAGGGAAUGACUGCUUAUUAUCUUACUAAGGGUUGGGCGGGGCUGGUUGUGAUGGUGGAGAACCGGCACACUGAUAAAUGGAUCCACGUGAAGUGCGACUGCCAGGAGAGUUACAACGUUGUCUCAACGCGAGGAGAACUCAAGACCAUCGACUCCGUGCCGCCGCUUCACAGGCAAGUAAUAAUAGUGCUGACUCAGUUGGAGGGUAGUGGGGGGUUCAGUAUCGCUCACCGGCUGACACACAGGCUGGCUGGUGGUGCUCGGCUGCAGGACUGGGCACCCAGAGCUGCUGAUGAACCUCACCAUCGACCACCUCUGGCGCGACGUCUUCACGGUCUGCAUGCACCACGUCUCAUCACAUAGACAUAGACUAUAUACUCUCUUAUAUCAACCAGAGACAACAUUUAUAGACAACAGACUUCUUAUUAAUCAGAUUUUACUAGGAUUUUCAAAUCAGAUCAAUGUAGUAACCAAGAAAAUAACAAUCCGGUCUUUUUCCGACAGGGGUGAUCAACAUUUCACAUGUAAUAAACUUUCAUUUUUAUUUGACGGAUUUUUAUCGGCUUUCGUCGUCUCUUCACACUAAUCGGACGUCAAUCCGGUCUUUUUAUAUAUUUAUCAUAUAGACAGGGGUUACCAACAUUUCACAUGUAAUAAACUUUGGCUAAAUAUAUUAUCACAAAAUU